AUGCUUACGCAUUAUGAAGUUUUAAGAGUUAAGUUUGAUGCAAGUUUAAUAGAGAUCAAACAAGCCUAUAGAGAUCGUCUUUUAAACGCACAUCCCGACAAGAAUAAUGACGAAAACAAGCCGGCGCUAAAUGUGAGCGUUAAUGCGAUUCAAGAGGCUUAUAGAGUACUUAGCGAUGAAAAAUUGAGACGUGAAUACGAUCAUGAAGUUGUAGAAGGCCAGAAAAAUUCUGGUUAUGUGGGUACUGGUGAUGGAUUAGACGAAUAUUCUCUCGAUGAGUUUGACUUUGACCCGGAGACGUUACGGUAUUCUAUGAGUUGUCCAAGAUGUGUAGCUGAAGAAGGAUUCAGUUUUAGUGAAGACACUCUGGAGGAGCAUGCAGAGGAGGCAAACAAUGGAGGAUUUCAAGUGCUGAGCCAAUGUUCAUGUUGUAGUCUGUGGCUCAAGGUUAAUUUUGAAUUAGCAGAAGAUGAAGGUGAAGACGAGUGA